AUGUCAAGAACAAAUGAUGAGGAUUAUGAUUACUUAUUCAAAAUAGUUUUGAUAGGUGAGUAUCAUGAAUAAAGGUUUUAGGGGAUUCUGGAGUUGGAAAAACAAACAUAUUAAAGAGAUUCAUUAAUAAUGAAUUUUCACUUGAGUCGAAACCAACUAUUGGAGUUGAAUUCGCAACAAAGACAUUUCAGCAAUAAGGAAAAUCUGUGAAAUGCUAAAUUUGGGAUACUGCAGGAUAGGAGAGGUAAGGUUUGUUAUGAAAUGAUAUUUUAGGUUUAGAGCAAUUACAAAUGCAUAUUAUAGAGGAGCUGUGGGAGCAUUUAUAUGUUAUGAUGUCACCAGAGAAAUCACAUUCUAAAACACAGAAAAAUGGUUAUCAGAGUUAAAGGAACAUGCCGAUGGGAACAUUGUGAUUAUAAUGAUUGGAAAUAAAAUAGAUGCAGUUGAUUAAAGGGUAGGGGUACAUCUUAAUAAAGGUUGUAAGGACAGAAGAGGCCUUAGAAUAUUGCCAAUCGCACUAAAUAGGAUUCAUCGAAACUUCAGCAUUGGAUGGGACAAACAUUGAUAAUGCUUUCAACAAUAUUGUAGCAAGUACUACAUUCUUAUGAUAUAAAUAGAUAUUUUUAAUACAAUCGGUUUUAAAAGCAUUAAGAAGGUACCUUAAAUGGCAACAGAACAAGUACUUUUGGAAAAACCAAAGGAUUUGCAGUCAAAAUCGAAAAAGAGUAGCGAAGGAUGUUGUUGAGUAUAUUUCAUUGUAUGUUCUUGAUUAUUUAUUAUAAAUGCUCCC